UCUUAUGAAUCAGACACAAAACAUGAAGUUGACAGCUUUUGGAAUCUAAAAAUCUUAAAGAGAGUAGAGAAAAAUGGUUGGAGAAGGAAGAAAACCAAAGGCAGUGAUUGUGGGGGGUAACAUAGCUGGGAUAUCAAGUGCACACACUCUCAAAUUAGCUGGUUGGGAUGUCCUUGUGAUUGAGAAAACAACUUCACCUCCAACUACAAGUCCCACUGGUGCAGGUCUUGGACUCGACCCUUUAUCUCAACGAAUCAUUCAAUCAUGGCUUCCACAUCCACAACUCCUUCACAACAUCACCAUACCACUAACUAUAGAUCAGAACGAGGCAACUGAUAGUGAGAAGAAGGUGAGUUGGACAUUGACAAGAGAUGAGAGUUUCAACUUCAGAGCAGCACAUUGGACUGAUCUUCAUGGCCUUCUGUACAAUGCACUGCCUCCAAAUAUAGUUUUAUGGGGUCACCUUUUCCUCUCUUUCCAUGUUGCUGAUGACAAAUGCUCUGUCAUAAUAAUGGCUAAGGUUCUUGAAACUGGAAAGGUCAUCAAGAUAGUAGGGGAUUUGCUUGUUGCAGCAGAUGGCUCUUUCUCCACCAUCCGCCAGAAAUAUCUUAGUGAUUUUAAACUGAGAUAUUCUGGAUAUUGUUCUUGGAGAGGGGUCCUUGAUUUUUCAGAAACUGAGAAUUUAGAUACCAUCAUAGGUAUAAGAAAGGCAUACCCUGAUUUAGGAAAAUGCUUGUACUCUAACAUGGGCUCAGGUACACACAGUGGCUUCUAUGAGCUUCUAAACAAAAAGCUCAAUUGGAUUUGGUAUGUGAAUCAGCCAGAACCUGAAGUUAAGGGAACCUCAGUGACAAUGAAAGUAAGUGGUGACAUGAUCCAAAAGAUGCACCAAGAAGCAGAAAAAGUUUGGAUUCCUGAGUUGGUAAAGGUCAUGAAAGAAACAAAAGACCCAUUCUUAAAUUUCAUAUAUGAUGGUGAUCCCUUGGGAAAGAUAUUUUGGGACAAUGUGGUCUUAGUAGGGGAUGCAGCUCACCCCACUACUCCUCACUGCCUUAGAAGCACAAACAUGUCAAUAUUAGAUGCUGCAGUAUUGGGCAAAUGCCUAGAGAAGUUUGGAGCAGAAAAGUUACAAUCAGCUUUAGAAGAAUAUCAGUUCAUCAGGGUACCAGUUACUUCCAAGCAAGUUCUGCAUGCAAGACAUCUUGGACGCAUAAAACAAGGUCUGAUUCUCCCUGAUAGAGAACCUUUUAACCCCAAGUCAGCAAGGCCAGAGGAUUGCCAGGAGCUUCUACAGAGGAACACACCUUUUUUCAAUGAUGUGCCUUUGUCACUUGCUUCAAUUCCAUCCUCCAUUUGAUGAUUGCCAAUGGUGUAUAAAUUUUUGCACUGCAUUGAAAAUUGACUUCUUACUAUUUUUGUACACUAAUAAGGUGGUUCCCAUAAUUGAUGUGCUGCCUUUGGGC